UAUAAUAUUAAAAGCUACUCAUCAUCCACCGGUCACACCUACCUUAACCCACUUUUUUCCGAUUGUCUGAAGCCAAAUAUUGCUUUUGGUAAUGGCUUCUGCUCUUCCUCCAACUUUCUUUUCCCUGCUGCUGCUGCUCUUUCCAAUUUCUGCUAUUGCUCAAACUAGUCGUAACAUCACCGUGGGUAGUUCUUUGUCUGCAACUGAUGAUAACUCGACAUGGCUUUCUCCUUCGGCUGAUUUUGCCUUUGGAUUUCACAGACUCAACAACAGUGAUUUCUUCCUGCUCUCUAUUUGGUAUGACAAGAUACCGGACAGAACCAUAGUUUGGUAUGCAAAUGGAGAUCGCCCUGCUCCAAGAGGAUCAAAAGUGGGACUAAGUUCUGAUCGUGGAUUAGUUCUCACUAGCCCCCAAGGCGAAGAGUUAUGGACAUCUCAGAACCUUACUGGUGUUGUUGCCUCUGGUGUGAUGAACGAUACUGGCAACUUUGUGCUCCGAGAUAGCAGCUUCAAUAAGGUAUGGGAAAGCUUCCAGGAUCCUGCCGAUACCAUCUUACCUACACAGAAUAUGGAAAGGGGUGGGUUCCUUUCAUCUCGACAAUCAGAGACCAAGUUUUCCAAAGGAAGGUUCCAGCUUCGUUUCGUUCAAGACGGGAAUAAACAAAAGAUAGAGGUUGGUACUCUUGUGCUCAAUACCAUAAACUUGCCCACCAAUGAACCUAAUACUCCUUAUUAUGUAAAAGAAAGUACUGUUGGAGGUAAUGCAUCAAAUCCCGGUAAACAAUUUGUUUUUGAUGAGUCUGGAUAUAUGUAUAUACUUAAAGAGAAUGAGGAACGUAGCAUUCUAUCACCGGAAAUUCUCUCGACGGGAAAUUCCUAUUUUAGAGCUACUCUCAAUUUUGAUGGUAUUUUCACUCUGUAUUCUCACCCGAAGACUGCCACCGCCAAUGAAAGCUGGACUGCAAUUUGGUCUGUACCGGAUAAUAUAUGCAUGCAUGACUUUAUUGAAUCAGGAAUGGGUAUUUGUGGGUACAAUAGUGUCUGUCAUCUCCAACCAGAUAAGAGGCCAAGGUGUGAGUGCCCAAGAGGAUACUCUUUACUUGAUCCAAAUGAUCCUUAUGGAAGUUGCAAGCCGGACUUCAUACAGGGAUGCAAAGAAGAUGAACUUAGCUCCCAAAAGGAUCAGUAUUAUUUAGAGAAUCUGACAAAUACUGAUUGGCCAACAUCAGAUUACAUUAAAUUGGUGCCUUUUAAUGAAGAUAAUUGCACAAACUCUUGCUUGCAAGAUUGUAUGUGUGCUGUCGCCGUACUUACAGAUGGCAAUACCUGUUGGAAGAAGAAGCUACCACUCUCCAAUGGGAGAUUCACCGGAACUUUUACAGGUAAGGCAUUCAUCAAAGUUAGGAGAGAGAAUUCCACCCUACUGGGUCCCUAUUUCCCGGUUCCAGGCAACGAGACAAUCCGAAAAAAGAACCAGGACGGUUUGGUAAUUGGAGGGUCAGUGCUUUUAGGCUUCUCUGUGUUCAUUAACUUUAUACUGAUUGCCACUAUGCUUUAUAGUUUUUACUUUAUUUACCAAAAGAAAAUCAAACAAAUUAACCAAAAGGGUGUUGGCUUGGAAAUGAAUUUGCGUCGUUUUACCUACAAAGAGCUUGAAGAAGCCACAAAUGGCUUCAAGGAAGAACUGGGAAGGGGAGCCUUUGGUGUUGUUUACAAAGGUGAAAUAAAGAUGGGCUCUAAUGUCCAGCUUAUGGCAGUCAAGAAGAUAAACAGUGUUUUCCAGGAGAAUGAGAAGGAAUUCAAUGCUGAAGUAAAUAUAAUUGGUAAGACACAUCACAAGAACCUGGUUAGACUACUUGGCUUCUGUGAUGAAGAACGACAACGGUUGCUGGUAUAUGAGUUCCUGAGCAAUGGCACUUUAUCUGGUUUCCUUUUUGGAGAUUCAAAACCAGAUUGGGAAAGAAGAAUCAAAAUUGCUUUUGGGGUUGUGAAAGGACUCUUGUAUUUACACGAAGAGUGCAGCACCCAAAUAAUCCACUGCGACAUAAAGCCUCAGAACAUACUCCUUGAUGAAUAUUACAACGCAAGAAUUUCUGACUUCGGAUUAGCAAAGCUGUUGAUGAUGAAUCAGAGCAAAACCCAUACCGCCAUUAGAGGAACAAAAGGGUACGUUGCACCUGAAUGGUUCAGGAACAUGCCAAUCACAGCUAAAGUCGAUGUGUAUAGCUUUGGGGUGAUGCUUCUAGAGAUCAUUUGCUGUCGAAAAAGCGUGGACAUGGAGUCUGAGGGAGAGGACAGAGCAAUCUUAACUUAUUGGGCUUAUGACUGCUUUCAAGAAGGGACACUGGAUGCUCUGGUAGAUUAUGACAUGGACGACAUGGUGAAGCUUGAGAGAUGUGUGAAGGUUGCCAUUUGGUGUAUUCAAGAAGACCCGACUCUUAGACCCACUAUACGGAAGGUUUCCCAGAUGCUGGAAGGAGUUCUUGAUGUACCGGUUCCACCCUGCCCAUUUCCUUAUGCCGCUAGUACUAUAGUUACUGCAAAUUGACGCCAGCAUUUCUCAGUUAUUGUAUAGUUUUGGUAUUUACUUCUAUUCAAAGAAUUAUCUCUUUCUAUUCAGACCGAGCAUUAAUACGAGGAAGACAGCUCUUUUGAUGUAUCCAGCUAGCUGUUGCAGCUAUGUUUGUGAAGUUUCUCAGAGAAUCGUAUUACUUCACAUAAAUGAAAUGCCUCUUUCUUCACGAUUAGCAUCAACUUGGAACUGAAAGUCUUAUAUAUCAUGUUGUAAUCUGAUUAAGAAAUAUGCA